CUCUUUUCUUUCUUUGAUAUACCAAAACUCAAAAUGGUAGAGCCAAUGGACAAAAUGCAAGGUGGAUCUUCCGAUGGUGAUAUCCCUCUUGGUCUUUCUAAAGAUGAAUGGGCUUAUUACAAGUUUGUAAAAGAGAGUGGCAAGGGUGUCAAGUUUGAUGAUCGACCUAAGGAUAUGGGAGUUCAAGAAGCUUUUGUUGCCAUGAACUCUUUAUUAAAGAAGAAUACCUUGGAAGUAAUACAACUCAAUGGGGAAAAUAUGGUACGAGCCAUUGAUCUUCAAGAUGCUGAAAAAGCAAGUCGAUUAAACGAUGAACAACGAUUGGUUUACAAUGCUAUUCGAGCUACUGGGAAUAAUGGAUUAUGGACCAAGGAUUUGAAAAAGAAAACCAAUUUACAUACUAUUAUUUUGAAUCGUACGUUGAAAGCCUUAGAGCAAAAACAAGAAAUCAAAUCAGUCAAGCAUGUCAAACAUCCUACUCGUAAGAUAUAUAUGUUAUAUAAUAUUACACCAUCAAGUGAAGUCACCGGUGGAGCCUGGUAUACAGAUCAAGAAUUGGAUAUAGAUUUUAUUGACAGUUUGAAAGCGGCUUGUUUGAAAUACAUUAUGGCAAGAAGUUUUCCAAGAAAUGAAUCGGUACGAGAUGCAGUAUAUGGACCAGAUUACGAACAUUAUCCUACAGCCAAUGAAGUACGUCGAUUUAUCACAGAAUCAAGAAUUUCAUCUAUCGAUUUAUCAGUCAAGGAUAUUUCUAGUUUAUUAGACGUAUUGGUAUAUGAUGGCGAAGUAGAAAAACGACUACCAUUUAUGGUUGGUAUGGAAGAAUUCAGUGAUGAUGACGAAGAUCCCGCAGCAUUGGGUGAAGAAAAUGGAAUUCAGUGGUUAUACAAAGCAUCAAGGAAAACAAGAUCUCAUCUUCCAACUGAAGCUUUGACGGAAACUCCUUGUGGUCGAUGCCCGGUCUUUACCUUUUGCAAAGAAGAUGGUCCUAUCUCCCCCUUCUCUUGUGAAUAUUUCCAAACCUGGCUGGACUGGUAGUGUUUUAGUUUAUUUCCCCCCCUCUCCUCUCACAAACUCGCACAUACACACAUAUCAAAAACAAGCGCAUCAUUAGAAUAGUCGUUAUUUUUUUUUCCCAUAACAUCAUUCUUUGUAUACAUCUUUUUCUUUUAUAUAUUUAUUUAUUUAUAUAUGAUCCUUUCUUUUUUUAGAAAAAUGCAUCCUCAUCUUCAUAUCUACAAUACAACAACUAUAAAAUAAAAAUAAAAACUAUCCUGA